CACCACACUCGUUAGGAAGUCGUAUGAUGUCAGAAGGGUUGAAAUCACUCCCCUGGAGCAGCGGAAGGUAACUUUUGAUACCCAUGCUCUAAUGCAGGACCUGGAAGCCCAUGGCUUUGGGAAGGAGCAAGCGGAGACCAUUGUAUCGGCAUUAAUAACCCUGUCGAAUGUCAGUUUAGACACAGUCUAUAAGGAUAUGGUUACACAAGCUCAGCAGGAAAUAACUUUACAACAGAUAAUGGCGCAUUUGGACUCCAUUCGGAAAGAUAUGGUCAUCCUGGAGAAAAGUGAAUUUGCAAAUUUGAGAGCAGAGAAUGAGAAAAUGAAGAUUGAAUUAGAUCAAGUUAAACAGCAGCUAAUGAAUGAAACUGGUAAAAUCCGAGCUGACAGCAAGCUAGACAUAAACCUGGAAAGGAGCAGAGUGACGGAUAUGUUUACAGAUCAGGAGAGGAAACUGAUGGAAGCAACUACAGAGUUUCAUAAGAAAGUAAGAUUCAAGUACCAACAGUGUUAUCUCAGAAAUCAGUAAUAAAAUUGACACUGAAAUAGCUUCCUUAAAAACACUCAUGGAAUCGAAUAAACUUGAUACAAUACGUUAUUUGGC